CGUGCGUGCGUGUGCGUGUGUGCAUGCACGCCAGCGCCGAGCAGUUCGCGCAUGACUUGGUGACUUGGUGCUGAGAAACUGAAUAGGACUCGCCGCGAACAGCGGUGCAAGGCGUGUGUGGUUUCACCGCCUGCAGUCUCGUUUUAGGGGAUGUGGGCUGCCGCCGUCGCCGCUGUCAAGCCCUUGGAAACGUUCACUCCCACGAGUGCCUAGCACCAAAGCACGAAGUGGAUCCCUCAGGUGACAGUGAAGGGUGGCCAUGGAGUUCGAGAAGGUGCUGCGCGAGAUUGGAGGCUACGGUCUCUUUAACAAGACCAUCGUCACCGCUGCGCUGAUGCUAUCCGCAUGGCACGCGACACUCUGCUACUUCGGUCAAGUGUUCAUCCACAUCACACCAGCCAGCCAGUGGUGCUUCCUCAAUUACACCGGCGAUGGCUCGACACCACCCGUGGACAUAGAUCAGCUACCCCGAGGCCGCUGCCAGAUACUCCGGCAACAGCCAGAUGGCCAAUACAGCAGCAAUGAUACGGCGGUCACUGACAGUGGCAGCGAGUGGAUCACCUGCCCCACGAGAUGGUACUACGACAACAACGAGAUAUACACCACCGUCACCAUGGAGAACCAAUGGGUGUGCGGAGACAGCUGGAAGAUGUACGCAGUCCACACAGCCUACUUCACCGGGUCCAUAGUCUCCUAUUUGCUUUCUGGAUUCCUUGCCGACAGAAUAGGCAGGAAGAAGACAGUAAUCCUAGUCAUGCUCAUCGGAGCCACCGGAAACUUGCUCGGGACAUUCUUUCCCACUUUCACGACAUUCCCGAUUUGGAGGUUUCUGACGUCUAUGGGAUCCGACACUGUAUGCACGACCAUUUACGUCAUCGCCCUAGAGUACACGGUGAAGGAGCGGCGGACGCUCGUCGCCUUCCUGUGGGCUAUCAACUGGUCCGUGCUGGCCACUGCGCUGCCUUGGUACACUUAUCUCAUUCAAAGCUGGAGGGGCCUCCUUAUCACCAACACCGCUGUGGACGCUGUCCUGCUUCUCUCCCUCUGGUGGCUUCCAGAGUCUUCUGGAUGGCUGCUCUCCGUUGGCAAGAAAAAGAAGGCCCUCCAGACCUUCCAGAAAAUUGCCCGCUUCAACGGGAAGGAUGUCAGCGAAGAGCGCCUCAACGAACUAUUGCAGGACCCAGCAUCCAAAGAUCCCCAGGGCAACGACCAGAAACAGAAGACCGGAUUCUGGAAGACAACAGUCGCCGUGGUCAAGUAUCCCAGGCUACGCAAGAUAGUCAUUCUAUCGUAUCUUGGUUGCUUUAUCGUGUGCCUGUGCUACAACUCGAAUGCACUUGGCCUGGGCCGACUGGGGCUGAACCUGUACGCCAUCUACUCGAUCGCCAUCGCCUUCGAGAUGCCCGUCAACAUCCUGUGCAUCACGGCGCUGGAUAUCCUGGGCCGACGUUGGCCCAACGCUGGGUUCAUGCUGCUCGGGGGAGCCGUGUGCCUGCUCAUGGCCAUCGUGCGAACUGAGAACCAGACGUGGACGUUGGUGAUGGGCGUCAUCUCGAUGAUGUCCUUCGCUGGAGGCUACAACAUCACGUUCCAAACAUCGUCGGAGCUGUAUCCCACCGUGAUCCGCGGCCGCAUUCUCUUCCUUCAGCGCCUCGUGGGCGACAUCGGCAGCCUCCUUGGGGCACAAGUCGCGUCCUUGACCGAGUACGACAAGUACCUGCCCAUGAUGGUGAUGGGUGUGUUGAGCCUGAUCGCCGGCGUGCUGCUCUUCUGCCUACCCGAGACUCUCAACCAGGCGCUGCCUCAGAGCAUUGAAGACAGCGAGAACUUCGCCCUGGGACAGUCGUUCUGCUUCUGUCCGCUCGUGUCCGCGCGAAGGAAUCGCCGCAAGGCACGCCAGACAGAAGCAAACGGAAUGGAGGCGAAAUCCUCACCCAGCAACAGCGUUUUGCAAGCGCGCUUGUGAAGUUCUCUAAGCAACGAAGCCAUCGGGACCCAGCAGGGAUGAAACAGGCGCCGAACAUUACCGAGAGCACGUGCCUGAGUUCCGAGUCUUCACCGUUCGACGACGUCAGUGUGCGCUUUAGUAUAGGACUACAACUGCCUACUGACCAUAGAUGACCGCUAAACAUUUUUGAAGGGAUCCUGGAAUUAGGUUUUUCCUCUUUCCGGGUAUUUCACCUUCAGGUAAUAUUCUCGUUUUUUUUUUUUUUUUUUUGCUUUGAUUGGCGGAAAUCGUAAGCCAUCACUGACCUCGGCGGUGCUGCUUGUGCGGCAAAACCACGGCGUGUGCAAAAGCGGAACACAUUCCACUGGCAAGUGUGUACAAUCGACAAAAAAAAAAAAAAAAAAACAGAAAUGACAAGAGAGCUCCGCAUGUUGCCACACAUAUGUCUGACCGAGCAUAGCUGUUAUUGCGAAUGCUGCCCACGGGCUUGACCUAGCUUGAAUCAUAAAGGUCGCUGUGAAAAUAGAAGACGCAAAGCCGCCGAAACCAAGAAACGGCUAUACUUCGCUGCUAGGGGCUUCAGAACUAUUUCAUUUCUGCCAAACACAAAUCUGCUCGCACGUGGAACAACGGGAGCCUUUCUCAAGGAACCAUUGCUUACGACGGAAAGACCGCGCACGCGUGUGAAAUAUAAGGGGAUCAGGCACGCUGCGAGCAGCACGUCACAUCAGGUACUCAUCAGCCUGCGAACGAACACACCUUGACAAGGCCACACGUUCCUUAGUCUUUCUUCCUCAUCGCUGUUCGGUUGAUAGCCGGCUGGCAGCAUCUGACGACGCGCAUCGUGAUUUCCUGUGGCUCAGUGGCAACGUCAAGAAGAUGCUGUGACGUGCAUGGCUUCGGUGUCGUGCUGAACUGCCGUACUGCUCUCAGUCUGUGUUCUAAAAGCCUACAAGUGGCAGUCGCGGCCGAAAAAAAAAAGAAAAAAAAAACCGUUGUGCCAAAUGUUCUGUGACUGGAAGCAAACGCGUACGUUUGAAACGAUGGCCUCCUUUCUUCUUGGUCAUUGGUGGACUGAGAAAGAAAACGAAAUCGCUGUGGGCACGCCAACGUACCUAACAUGCAAGCUAUCUUUGGUGGUGUUACUUAGAAAUCGCACUAAAAAAACACGAUAGCUGUGUUUCUUUCUCUUUUUUUGUUACGCCACAGAGUUGACAACGAAAAGCAGAUGGGAUACUUACUGUGUGUCGGAAAUGUUUGUGUCUCGAGAAUCUUCAAAAAGUGUGAAGUGUGAGCCCGGCUUGGAAGGCAUCCUUUUUCUACUGAGCAUUUUGCUGUGUUCUGUCAUUUUGUUCCGAUUUCUUGAUAUUGUUCGCGUAUCCGCUAGUGAAUUUUCUGAUAUAAAAUCCCAGUUUUAUUCUCUCUUCA